GAGAACAUGAUGGCUGCCUCUGACCCCCGCCACGGCCGAUACCUCAUCGUGGCUGCCGUCUUCCAUAGUCGGAUGUCCAUGAAGGAGGUCGAUGAGCAGAUGCUUAAUGUGCAGAACAAGAACAGCAGCUGCUUUGUGGAAUGGAUCCCCAACAACGUCAAGACAGCUGUCUGUGACAUCCCACCUCGUGGCCUCAAGAUGGCAGUCACCUUCAUCGGCAAUAGAACGGCCAUCCAGGAGCUCUUCAAGCGCAUCUCGGAGCAGUUCACUGCCAUGUUCUGCCGGAAGGCCUUCCUCCACUGGUACACAGGCGAGGGCAUGGACGAGAUGGAGUUCACUGAGGCUGAGAGCAACGUCAACGACCUCGUCUCUGAGUAUCAGCAGUACCAGGAUGCCACUGCAGAGGAGGAGGAGGAUUUCGGUGAGGAGGCCGAAGAGGAGGCCUAAGACAGAGCCCCCAUCACCUCAGGCUUCUCAGUUCCCUUAGCCAUCUUACUCAACUGCCCCUUUCCUGUCCCUCAGAAUUUGUGUUUGCCGCCUCUAUCUUGUUUUUUGUUUUUUCUUCUGGGGGGUCUAGAACAGUGCCUGGCACAUAAUAAGCACUCAAUAAAUACUUGUUUGUUGAA